AUGGAAGAAAUAACAGUUAUACCGGGAGAACAACGAUUAAAUUUUCUCGAUUUAGAAACUUCACUCCCGGGCAUAAUCAACCAAUACAAUACUAUUUUAAACAAAAAAAAUGAAAUAACUCG